AAAUAACGGUCAAGAUCUUAUACUACUAUAAAACAAAACUCUCUCUGCGCCAUAAUCAUUUCUCCUGUAGUUGGACAGCUUUGGUGUUUAGCUUUGGUUUUUUUUCACGUUUGGUGGAGAAGGAAAAGGAGAAGAGGGGAAUUGAGAAACUGAAAUAUUUUAGUUUAUGUGGGAUUUAGGUUGGAUUUUUGAGGUGGGUUUUGCUUGAAUUUUGGAUUAAGAGAGUGAAAGAAAAAUGGAGAGAGAUUUUCUGGGUUUGAACUCAAAAGAAUCAUUGGUUAUGGUUAAGGAAGAGGUUAACACUGAUGGGUACAGAGAAAUAGGUUUUAGUAAAAGCUCAGGGAUACAAUGGCCUUUUUCAAACAAGGUUUCUGCUGUUCCACAGCUGAUGACUUUUAAUUUUGCUCAAGGAGAUAAAACUAAAAAGACUGGAUCUGAUUCACUGGUAUCCCCCGGUUUCAUGCCUAUUUCAACAGCAGAUGCUGCUGAGGUUCAGAAAUCAUUCAAUCACAAUAGGCAAGGUGGCAGUCAUUUUUCAUUGACAACUAGUUCUGUUCAACAUGAUGCACAUUCUGUUCAAUGUCCUUAUGAUGUGAAGAUGUUUCCGGUCUCAAACCAGGCAACCUCUCUUUCUGCGGGCAACACGUUCAUUAAGAAUCAUUUUGCUACCUCUGGUCAAAAUUUUCCCUUUACUACCAUGAAGCCACAAUUACUUGGAGGAAUUCCAGUGACAACUCCACAUACAAUUCUUCCCAACCUUGGUUCUGUUGGUGGAAGUAUUGAACCAUGGAAAAGUGUCAAGGCCUCUGGAUCACCUGAUCAAUUGACAAUCUUUUAUGCGGGUACAGUGAAUGUCUAUGAUGCUAUCACCCCUGAGAAGGCUCGGGCUAUCAUGCUCCUGGCUGGGAAUGGGUCUUCCAUGGCUUCUAAUGUGGCACAUCCAAAAGUCCAAGUCCAGACACCUAUUUCAAAGCCAGUUCAAGUUAAUAGUGUUCCUGCAAACCAGCUCAUAAAUAUACAACUGACCUCUGGUAUCUCUAGCCCUUUGUCCGUUUCAUCUCAUGCUGGUGCUCAGUCCUGGAGUGGGUCCACUAGCACCGAUAAGUUGAUGGUAUGCAAGACCGCAGGAACUCCAACAAACAGUGUUGGAAAAGUGGAGCCUCCAAAAUUGGUGAAUACCAUUGGAUCUGUUGCUGCAACUGGCAUUAUGCCUUCAGUUCCACAGGCUCGCAAAGCUUCCUUGGCUCGAUUUUUGGAGAAGCGCAAGGAAAGGGUUACGAGUGUAGCGCCAUACAAUCUUAGCAAGAAGUCUCUAGAUUUUGCUGCCUUGGAAUCCAAUGCAUGAACUUUACUGCAACCUCUGCAGCGGGGUCCUUCUCUCUUGGCAAGCAAGGAGGGUGAACCAUGAUUUAUUAUUUGGCAUUAGGACAUUAAUGCAUAUGUAGCGUGUCAAAAAUGUAAGAACUGGCAUUUUGUUUCUUUAGUUUCCAUCAACUAAGUUCAUUGUGUAGUUGGUGUAGUGUUAUACCUUUUUGCUUUCUUAUAUUAAUGUGGAUGAUUUGCUACUCUGUAACUCAUUCAAUUGUUGUUACAUGGUAGAAAUAAUACAAUACUAAGAUUUUGUUUUCUC